AUGCAAAAUACACCGGAAGAAACAAAAUCUGGUUGGUUAACAAAACUUGGAGGUAAUGCUUUAAGGAAAACAUGGAAACGUCGCUGGUUCGAAUUGAGGGGUAAUUUCUUGUAUUAUUAUCGACAAAAGAAUGAUAAAAAACCAUCAGGAGUAAUUAAUCUUUCCACUUAUAAUUCAAUAAGCCAAGAUUCAACAAUUACUAAAAAAUCACCUAAUUGUAUAAGAAUCGAAAAAGUAAUUAGAGAAUCUGAUUUAACUUAUUGUGGCAAAUCAAAUAAUAAUUCUUGUCCAUUUGCUGAUACAGAAACAGAAAUGCAAGAAUGGAUAAAUAUCUUAGAAAAACAUUUAAGUGGUAGAAAUAUAGUUGAUAUAGUAUUGGAUAGAUUAGAAUUAUCAGGAAUUCAUCAUCGACAAGCUAGUUAUGGUUCUUUAAGUUCAUUUUAUUCAAAGAAUAGUAGUAGUUUUUGUUCUUCGGGUGGUUCAACUUCUGGUUCCGCUUUAUCUUCUCGAAGACCUUCUCUGGAAUCCUUAAGUUUAGAUACACCUUCUUUGAAUUCUAGAAAAAGAUUAGGUCAACCAAUUUUACGUAAACCAGCUUCAUCAUCAGCAUUAUUUGAUCGAAAAAGAAAUAAUGGACAUCUACGUAAUUUAUCAUUAAAUAUUUCCAAAGAUCAAAUAAAAGGUAAUUCUCUUAAUGCACCAUUAAUUAUGGUACAUCGUGAUUCUAAAGUCACUUCUUCACCUGAUGAAAAAACAAAACGAACAGGAUGGAUAUGUCAUGAUAUUAAAAAUCCUGAAUCCAUAUCUGAUCAUAUGCAUCGUAUGUCCAUAUUAUCAUUAUUAGUUAAGGAUUCAUCAUUAGAUAGGAAUAAAUGCGUUAAAAUGGCGGUUGUUCAUGAUUUGGCUGAAGCUUUGGUUGGAGAUAUAACACCUUUUGAAGGAAUAAGUAAAGAAGAAAAAAAUCCAAUGCGUCAAAUGUGUAUUAAUUUACUUGAAAAUUCUCCACAAUCUCAAGAAAUUUUUGCACUUUGGCAAGAAUAUGAAGAUAAUUCUACAAACGAAGCAAAAUUCGUUAAAGAUAUUGAUAAAUUUGAAAUGAUUAUUCAAGCUUAUGAAUAUGAACUAUCUGAAAAUAAAGAUCUUGAACAAUUCUUUGAAAUUACCAAAGGAAAAUUUAAUCAUCCAGAAGUAAAAUGUUGGGUUGAAGAAUUAUAUUCAAAACGUAAAGGACCUACUUAUGUCAACUUAUUAAAUGAUACAUUCAUUUGUGUAAAGUGUUCGGGUUUACACCGUGAACUUAAUCAUCGUGUCAAAUCGAUAACAGCUUCUGUUUUUACUCCUGCAGAGAUCGAAUCAUUAAAAAAUAGUGGAAAUUCUAAAGCUAAGCAAAUAUGGUUGGCGAAAUAUAAGCAGUCGGAUUUUCCUGAACCUGACGCUGAUGACAUAGAUGCUAUUCGAAGUUUUAUGCGUGUGAAAUAUAUUCAAAAGAGAUGGUUAGAUGAAUCCUUGUUACAAAUUCAACCCUGGAAAAAUCCCAACAAUGAAAAUUUAACGAACAAGGGUACUUUUUUAAUCAAUCUUAAUCACAGAUCAAGUAAUUUCAGUGACAAUUCUUCAAAUAGUUCAUCAUUAAGUCGUCAUUCUAGCUUGGCAGAUGUUCGUUCAACAACCACAAGUGAAAGAAGGCAAUCUUCAAUCAGCGAUAUUUCAUCAGAUUAUUCAAUUAAUAUUAGUCCUCUUAAGUCUGCUCCCGAGAACAAUUCAAACAAUUUUUCAAAUGAUUCUAAUAUCCUAGCAUUACCAAAGCCAAAUGUUAAUCCUUUUAAUAUUAAUUUAUCCAAUCAAAUACCAUCUAAUACAAAUUCCGAGUUUAACACUUUUGGUCAACAGGGACAACCUAUAACAUAUUCUAAUCAAUCCCAACAACCUCAACAAUUUCAAAAUGCGAGAAAACCAGAUUUAUUUACCGAUAUUUUUGAAAAUGGUCAAUUUACAUCAAAGAAUUUGCUAAAUAUGAAUAAUACACAACGUACGGUUAACGCUUCUAAACCUUUAAAUCCUUUUGAUCACGUUCAUCAAGGUUCAUUAAAUUCUAUUUCAAAUAUUUCUUCAACAAAGAUGGCUCCACAACCACCAAAACAAGUUUCCUCACCUGAUCCUUAUGAAGUUUUUAGAACCUUAAAUUUAAAUGAUUCUGAUAUGUCUUUAACUUCAUCUCGACCAUCAACAACUAGUAGCCCUGCGUAUUCUCUAUCUCCUUCGUAUCAUUCUUCUCCAGUUUCACAAGUUUCACAGGCAAAACAUUCGGCUUCUAAUAUAAAUGACAUUUUUGGAGAUCUUACACCGUCAACAAUAACGUCCACAGAAAAAUUUCAUAAUUUAUCUUCACAAAAUUUGAAUAAUGAUAUCUUCACAGUAAACCAACAAAAAUCAUUAAGUCAACCAGAUUUCUUUACUUCUCAAUUUUCCCAUUUCUCCAGUAAUGACGAUUUUAAUGAUUUUUCAAAAUUUGUACAAAAACCUUCUCGUUCUGAAAAAUUUAAUAAUUCUUCUAGUGGAAUUUUCUCUACUAAUAUUUCGUCACCUAAUUUAACAUCUCCUCAAAAGGAUUUUACAAGAAACAAUAUGUUACAUUCAAUGGAUCCAUUUAAUUUAAAUUCAUUUUCACAUGUUCCUACUACAUCUUCACAAUCUGCUAAAGGAUUAGGUCACGAGAAAAAGAUAUCAUUUGAUUCUGCAUUUAAUGAUUUAGAUCCUUUAAAAUGGUGA